AUCCACCAAAACAUAAAUCACCAUUUCGUGUACCAAAAUCCACUCUAAUCUCUCCACUAAAUUCGUGCAAAAUACCCAAAGGCUAAGCCAUGAAGGUGAGAGUAGAGAGCACUAGAAUCAUCAAGCCUCUAUAUGAAGGAAACCCUCCUUCAAAAACAAGCCACACACCCCUCAGCGUCUUUGACAAGGUAUCAUAUGAUGCUCAAAUGGCUGUUAUUUAUGCCUACCACCCACCCACCCCUCCAAAUGCCACCAUCGAGUUGGGGCUCAGGAAAGCUCUCUCGGUGUAUAGGGAAUGGGCUGGGAGAUUAGGCAAAGACAACAAGGGUAAGCCCGUCAUUUUACUCAAUGAUGAGGGGGUUAGAUUUGUGGAAGCUGUAGGUGACACAAGCCUCAACAAGGUGAUGCCCUUAAAGCCAUCUUCCUCAUUGCUCAACCUUCAUCCUAGUUUGAAGGGCGUGACAGAACUAGUCCAAGUCCAGCUCACACGUUUCACAUGCGGCUCUCUCGUGAUCGGGUUCACCUCUCAUCACCUUAUCGCUGAUGGUCACUCAACCAGCAAUUUCUUGGUUGCAUGGGGAAAGGCUUGUCGCGACCAUCUCGGUCCGAUCGAACCAUUUCCUCUCCGUGACCGCACCAUUUUCAUCCCACGAAACCCCCCGAGGGUCGAGUAUGAGCAUGUCGGAGCCGAAUACAAGACAACGUCGUCCAAGCAAAUGAUGAAAAAAGACAAUUUCCUUGACGAUGACAUGAUGAAAACACUCAUAUUGGAUGACGAUAUUGUGGUUCACAAAGUCCACUUCACCUUAGAGUUCCUAGCGAAACUCAAGGCCAAGGCCUCCGCCAUGAAACCGAACAACGCGAGGCCAUACAGCACGUUCGAGAGCCUCGUCGCGCAUCUAUGGCGGGCAAUAACCAAGGCAAGAAAUCUCGGAGGCUACGAAAGCACCCACAUAAAGAUAUCUGUGGAUGGCCGUGCACGGUUGAACCCGAAAGUACCCAAUGACUACUUCGGCAACCUGGUCCUAUGGGCCUUUCCCACGGCGAAGGUUAAAGACCUGCUGCGUGAGCCACUUCCUUACGCCGCCAAACUCAUCCACGACGCCGUCGCUAAGGUGAACAACAACUAUUUCAGAUCAUUCAUAGAUUUUGCAAACUCCGAGGAGGCAGAGUACGGCGGUCUUGUACCGACAGCCGACAUGGACAAACACAUUCUCCGUCCUAAUCUAGAGGUUGAUAGCUGGCUAAGGUUCCCAUUUUAUGACUUGGAUUUUGGGACUGGCUGUCCCUACAUUUUCAUGCCUUCAUACUACCCAACAGAAGGAAUGAUGUUUCUGCUUCCUUCCUUCAUAGGAGAUGGAAGCAUAGACGCUUUCAUUCCUUUGUUCCAGGACAACUUGGCCACUUUCAAGCAGAUUUGCUACUCUCUUGAUUGAUCGAAGACAUCAAGUGAACUGUUAAUUUUUUUUACCGUGUUUGAGUUUAACCAAACACUAGCUAUAUAUUUAAUCCCCCCCCCCCCAAGCCAUAUUUGUAACUACUUUUUUCGUCACAUGAGUUUGUUAUCUGCUUUUGAGCUGAGUUAGCAACUUACCAUACCAAUAUACAAUACAAUAAUCUUUCUUUGAA